UUUGCUUGAUAUGGAUUUAUGGCUCUUUAUUUCAUAAUUUAAUGGUUGAAUAGUCAUCUUGCACUUGGGGUUGGGUUAGACUGAAAUGUGGGAGUGUUUUAGUCGGUUGAAUCUGGCAACCCCGGCAGCAAGAAAAGAGCUGAGCAGAAGAGAGCAGAGCAGAGCAGAGCAGAGCAACCACCAGGGGAGGAAAAGCUGAAAGUUCUCCAGGGAAGCUGGACAUAAGCACAGGAUAUAAGCCCACACACACUCGCUUUACAUGCCCUUCGACGAAGUCUCCUUCUGCGGCUCCAGUUUGCUGGUGUUUUAGAAAUCAGAAAGCACACACAGGAAUGGAGCUGUAUUGUCUGGAAGCCGAAACCGUGCUGCGAGCCCGUCCGGACCCGAACCUCCUGGGCGAUGACAGGGUGCUGCAGAGCCUUCUGACCAUCGAGGAGAGGUUUCUGCCUCAGUGCUCCUAUUUCAAAUGCGUACAGAAGGACAUCCAGCCGUUCAUGCGCAGGAUGGUGGCCACCUGGAUGCUGGAGGUCUGCGAGGAACAAAAGUGCGAGGAGGAAGUUUUCCCACUGGCUAUGAACUACUUGGACAGAUUUUUAGCGGUUGUACCCACCAGAAAGUGUAACCUGCAGCUGCUUGGUGCGGUGUGCAUGUUUCUGGCGUCCAAACUGAAAGAGACGCGUCCUCUAACUGCAGAAAAGCUCUGUAUCUACACUGAUAACUCCAUCAGACCACAAGAACUCCUGGAAUGGGAACUGGUGGUUCUUGGUAAAUUGAAGUGGAACCUGGCUGCUGUCACUCCUAAUGACUUCAUUGAACACAUUGUGAAGAGGCUGCCGCUGCCUGAGGAUAAGCUGGACCUGAUCCGCAAGCAUGUGCAGACCUUCAUCGCCUUGUGCGCAACAGACUUCAACUUUGCCAUGUAUCCUCCAUCCAUGAUUGCCACGGGCAGCGUUGGAGCAGCAAUCUGUGGACUGCAGCUCAACAACACGAACCGUGCACUGUGGGGGGACAACCUUCCAGAACUGCUCGCUAAGAUCACAAACACAGAAGUUGACCUGUUGAAGGCAUGUCAGGAGCAGAUUGAGCGUGUGCUGAUGAACAGCCUUCAGGAGGGACGCCGGCAGCAGCACAAGCAGCAGCAGCAGGACCAGAACAACCCACGCAACAAAGCCUUGGAUGACCAGGACCAGUCCAGCACCCCAACCGAUGUACGAGACAUCAACUUGUGAGCUCGCAGGAAGUGGCACUUGGAUUUAAAGGAGAAAAAAAAAAAACAACAAAAAACAAAAAUGACAAAAAAAAAAAAACACCCAGCCCAUCAAAAAGUGCUUGCUAGUCUUUGUAGGUUUUUAUUCUAUUUUCAAAGGAGAAGAAAAAAAAAAUACAUUUCAAAAGAAAUCAAAGAUAUUUUAGAUUAAAAAAAAAAAUAGGUAUUUUUUAAAUGAAUUGAUACUGAUGCAAAAAUUUCUAUGGUGCCUCGGAUUAAUAGAAGGGAAGCCUAGAGUGUUUUGCAAACUAUUUUUCAUUGUAUAAACAAAAAAAUAUAUAUAUUCAGUUGAAAUUAAAAGUCAGUUAUAUUCAGUUGUUUUUUUUUUUUCAGUAGCAAAAGACUCGAGUUUAAAGAGGCUUUUAAGAAAUAGUCACCUUUAUAAGACUGGCUUGUAAAAGGUACACAAAUGGGGCUUUGUUUUUUUCCUGUUUUGUUGUGUUUCAGUUCCGAGCAUGAACACACACAGGGGUGUCAUGAAACUGGUUAGUGGAGUCCCCGUUUUGGCCGUGCGGUAAAGGUGUAAAAGGCCCAGGAAUGUUAGGUGGAACAGGUUUUGGUAAAAGCCUUACAGCAAGAAUGUGAUUGAUUUCUGUUUCGACAAACGACCCUCUGGGUAAAAUUUGGUUAAAGACAUUUAAAUCAAUCUGCCAGCAAAUUAUAUUAUGGCAUCAAGAUUAAAAACGAUUUAAAAAUUGCUUGCAUCGACCAAAUUGAAACGUUUGAAAUUUCACAAUGCAAAUUUCAUAAUAGUUCGCCCAGUCAAGGGUCACGUCUUGAGAACAGUCUAUUAUUAUUAUUAUUAUUAUUAUUAUUAUUAUUAUUAUUAUUAUUCAAUCAGCAACUUAUUGUCUCUCAAUUCUCAAAGCAUAGAGAUGUCAAUAAGCUUUUGUCAGGCUGCUUGUGUGUGUAUGCAUAUGUGUUUCUGUAUGUGGGUACAUGUAUGUGUGUAUGUGCGUGCGUGUGUGUUUGAGAGAGAGAGAGAUGUGUGUGAGCUUUGUUUGGUGAACUAUCUGCAAGAGUUUGGUUCAAGAUAAGACAACACAUUCAGAGAACAAGACAGGGGACAGAGAAUAAGUCUAAAGCGCUUUUGUUUGCUUCGAAGGGCCACGGGCUACCUGUAUCACUGCCUUCUAUUCAUGCGCUUUUAUUUUCUGGCCUGGGACACAAGGUCGAACCCGGUCCAGGUCCAGUGCACGGGCUUGUGAGGAGGCGAGACAGAGAGAGAACAGAUGGAGGAAACGGAAGACUACCUUCUUCAAGAUGCUCUUACGGUUAAAGAGGUUUUUUUUUUUCCCGACACAAAAUGGUGUGAUGGAGAAGGUUGUAUCUGAUUACGACCUCCUUCGGAGUUUUACGGUUGUAUCGUGUACAGACGGUCUGUUUUAUGCGACGCGUUGAGUUGAGUUGAGUCAUCUCGUUGGCGUUAUGAGUUGAAGGGCUACUUUGAGUGUUGAUUAAAGAGGUGCUAGAAAGGAAUGGAAUUUCACGAGGAGUCUACAUGCAGUCGAUGAAAGUGCAGGGUGGUGCGUGAGAUUCGUGCGCAGACGAGGAGCAUGGUCCAGUGGUGAUUAAGCUGUGUGAGUUUAAGGAGAGACGUAUGCUGCUGCUGAGAUGGACAUACAUUGGCAUACAGGAGAGGAGGCCAAAGGAGAGGAUCAGAUGUGGUUCCAGCGAUCACAUGAUAAUUUAAGUUCUUUUAUAUAUUUGCUUGUUUGACUGUUAAGUUUGUGUCUUUCUUUUUUUUGGAUUACAGACCAGUAUCUAAACCAGUUUGAUUGACACUGCCAGCUAAUUGAUGGGGAAGCUUAAUUGAUUAGGGGACAUUUGUUGAUCUGUGCAUCUGUAGUUCCUUAGUUUCAACAGCGAAGCACUUUGAGCACAUACUCUCCCCUGAAGUCACAGAGAGAAAGAAAUAGGGCCAUUAUUGACAUGUCAUGUGUAUCUCUCCCAAAAAAAGGAGCUGAUAAAUUAUUCUAUUUACAUGUACACUCACUGGCCAGUUUGUUAGGAACACCUGCCGUUGUCUAAUCAGCCAAUUGCUUGACAGCAGCACAAUGCAUAAAAUCAUGCAGAUACAAAUCAAUUAUUAUGGCCAGGUUACUUGCCCAAACUGAUAACCGUGUCAUCAGUUUUUCUUUGGCUAAUCAGACACAAGCUAUGGCAUCACACUUGCCACAGCAGUUGGGGGUUAGGUGCCUUGCUCAAGGGUACUUGAGCCAAUGCUGCUAGUUCAGGGAAUCGAACCAGCAACCAUUUGGUCCUAAAGUUGUUUCUCUAACCAUUUGGCCAUGGGCUUCCCCUUAAGCCAGGCAAAUCAAGACCUUCAGUUAAUGUUCACUUCAAACAGAAGAAUGGGAAAAACUGUGAUCUCAAAGUGUGACUUUCACUGUGGCAUGGGUGUUGGUUUGAGCCAGAUGGACUGGUUUGAGGAUUUCAGAAACUGCUGAUCUGGGGUUCUCGCACACAACAGUCUUUUCACAGAAUGGUGCGAGAAACAAAAAAACACUGAGUGAGCGACAGUUCUGUGGGUGGAAACAAACGCCUUGUUGAUAAGAGAGGUCAGAGGAAACUGGCCAGAUUGGUUCGAGCUGCCAGGAAGGAUACAGCAACUCAUAUAAUCACUCUUUACAACUGUGGUGAGCAGAAAAGCAUCUUAGCAUGCAACAGAAGAAGACCACAUUAGGUACCACUCCUGCAACCAAGAACAAGAAUCUUAGACUCAAGAACAAGUUCCUAUUAAAGUGGCCAGUGAGUGUAUUUAUAUAUACAGUGUCUUGCAAAAGUAUUCAUCCCCCUUGGUGUUUGUCCUGUUUUGUCACAUUACAAGCUGGAAUUAAAAUGGAUUUUUGGGGGGUUAGCACCAUUUGAGCUACACAACAUGCCUAGCACUUUAAAGGUGAAAAUUGUUCUUUUAUUGUGACACAAACAAUAAUUAAGAUGAAAAAAAAAACAGAAAUCUGGAGUGUGCAUAGGUAUUCAGCCCCCGAAGUCAAUACUUUGCAGCACUUUGUAUUUACUUUGUAUUUAGUGUAUUUGUAAAUACUUUGUAUUUGGUGCCAUCCAUCUUUCCUUCAAGCCUGUCCAGCUUUCCUGUCCCUACAGAUAAAAAAAACAUCCCCACAGCAUGAUGCUGCCACCACCAUGCUUCACUGUAGGAAUGGUGUUCUCAAGAUGAUGGGAGGUGUCAGGUUUGCACCUCACAUGGUGUUUCCCAUGAUGGCCAAAAAGUUCAAUUUUAGUCUGAACUGACCAGAGAAUCUUCUUCCAUGUGUUUGGGGAGUCUGCCACAUGCUGUUGGGCAAACUCCAAACGUGUUUUCUUAAGCAAUUACUUUUUUCUGUCCACUCUUCCAUAAAGCCCUGCCCACUCUGUGGAGUGUACAGCUUAAAGUGGUCCUAUGGGCAGAUACUCCCAUCUCCGCUGUGGAUCUUUGCAGCUCCUUCAGUGUUAUCUUUGGUGUCUUCGUUGCAUCGCUGAUUAACGCCCUCCUUGCCCGGUCUGUGAGUUUUGGUGGGCGGCCUUCUCUUGUCAGAUUUGUAGUGGGGCCAUAUUCUUUCCAUUUUGCUAUAAUGGAUUUAAUGGUGCUCUGUGGGAUGUUCAAAGUUUGGGCUAUUUUUUUAUAACCCAACCCUGGUCUAUACUUCUCCACAACUUUGUCUCUGACCUGUUUCAAGGCUCCUUGGUUUUCAUGUUGCUUGCUUAGUAGUGUUGCAGAGUCAGGGUCCUUCCAGAACAGGUUGAUUUAUACAGACGUCAUGUGACAGAUCAUGUGACACUUUGAUUGCACACAGGUGGAUCUUAAAUCAACUAAUUAUGUGACUUAUGACGUGAACUGGUUGGAACAGCUCUUAUUUGGGGGUUUCAUACGAAAGGGGGUGAAUACCUAUGCACGGUCCAGAUUUCUAUUUUUUUUUUCAUCUUAAUUAUUGUUUGUGUCACAAUAAAAAACAACCCUCCCAAAAAAAACCAAUUUGCACCUUUAUAGGCAUGUUGUGUAAAUCAAAUGGUGCUAACCCCCCACAAAUCCAUUUUAAUUCCAGCUUGUAAUGCGACAAAACAAGAAAAACACCAAGGGGGAUAAAUACUUUUGCAAGACACUGUAUAUUAUACCAGUGUUAGCAAUUCCACGAUUCCAUUUCCAAAUGUUUGAAUUAAGGAAAAUGUAUAUUUCCCCCUCAAGGCCUCAUUGUUCUUUACUUGAAAUUUUGUUUGCUGUUGAUUGAAAUGUUAAUUGGUUUUUAUACAGUUGUAAAUGGUAAAAUAAAGCCUUGUAACAUCAGUAAGUUGCCCGCUCCAGGGCAUUCAUUUAAUUUAUACAAAAUUAACUGGUUAAGCUGCUCUAUCAGAGAUUUAAAAAAAAAAAAAAAUUAAAAAUGCCUUGUUUCAUAUGGUGCCUUAAUUCCUGAAUUUAGGGAGUGUUGUCCUGUGCCACUGUGCCUUGAUCAGACUGCUGAAGUAGCCUUCGGUGUCCACUAUCUUGUCAUCUCCUUUACAAACGUGCUGCUUCCUAAGGAUGGACUGGCAUGAGAUUUAGCAAAGAGUCACGACUCUCUGACUGUGAUUAAGGCAGUGUGCAUCAACAGCACAACACGAACACUUGUGCACAAGUUGCUUAGCUUGCGUUAAAAAGACGGGGUGUUUAGGGGCAGUUUAGCUUUGUUUUCAAUGACCGUAGUCUAUGUAUUUCUGUGGGUGAAGGAGACAGCCUAGUUCGUUGUAAGGUUUUGGUUUUUUUUUUUCAUGGAUAGCAUAUUUCCUAGAGGCGAUUGGGUUCCAUAAUUCAGGUUACUCCCACUCUUUCACUAAACCAGCCCAUUAUCAAGCGAUUAUAUUAUGUUAUCUUGUUUCAUCACUCACCCUAGUGCUCUGAAAAUGAAUUAUAGUACUGUUUUUAGAACUUAUGGGUGGGCUUGAGCUUGGAUAUGGACCGAAAUGUUGCUUCUUACGGUUUGAUACUGUAUUCCAAAGUGAAGAGGGAUCGAAGUGGUUGUGAAGACAUCAAUCAAGUGUCAAUAUUUUUUAUUGAGUUAUUGUGUUUUUUUUCUCCGCUGCUAAAAAGCUAUGAUUUUUGUUUCAUCUUAUACACAAAAAUAACAUAGUUGUGAUGUCACUUGAGUGUGCUGCUAUUUUAUAAACAAUUGUAUUAUAAUUAUUUUACUGCUUACAGAAUACUUUGAGAAUGCAGAAGUAGAUGGUAAAUAGAAGAUCAAGAAAUGUAAUGAGUAUUCGACUGGAAAUGCUCUUUGUACAGUAUGCUCUGAAAGCAUGAUUCCUUUCCUUUUUUUAUCUUUGUUUUUCUGCUCUGUUACCUUUUCCUCUCACAGUCUGUAAGUACGGUAUGUCUAUACCUCAGGUUUACUGGACAAAAGAAAACAAGUCUCUCAGUACCUCAUAACUCAUCAACAGUUUUUUUUUCUGGGAGCCAGUGAAAGACCGCAUACGGUGGAGAUUUUGAUGGGGAGACUUUUUAAUAGUCUUCAUUAAAUGAAGCAUGAACAGCAUAAGGCUCCCACCUGGACUUUAACCAACCAUAGUGGAUGGAGGGGGGGGGGGG